AUGACAUUAAUUGGAGGAUUUCUACAAACUGAUCUUAUUAACAGAGCCCAAUCUCUGGGUAAUUCAAUAACUAGAACUGCAGAUAGAUAUUUUUAUGAUUUACCAGGUAUAUUCAACAAAAAUCAACUGGAACAAAUCAGAAACAUGACACUUGCCAGAGUCUUUUGUGAUAAUAACAAUAAUGUCACAACAAUGCAGAAACAAGCAUUUAUGAAACCUGCUUCAUCUAGUGAAUUAUUACCUUGUAAUUUUUCCCAAUUAAUCCCAGAAAUCAACCUUAUUCAUUGGCAAGAAUUGGUCGAUAUAAUGAAAUAA